GGCGCUGGGCGGGGCGUGGCGGGGGCGUGGCGCGGCGCGCGCCAUGCUGAUCACGCUGUGCUACCUGUACCUGUGGGCGCGCUGGGGGCCCGGCUGGGCCGCCCUCGUCCGCCGCACCGUGCGCCGCCUCCACCGCUCCCGCUGCUCCUUCACCUUCUGCCGUUGCGCCGGCCCCGCGGCGGCUCCGGCUCGGCAGCCGCGCAGGCAGGCGCCGCCCGAGGAGCGGGUCUGCCUCAGGGUAGGGAACAAAGUCUUUUUCACGGACGAGACGCAGUUCCUUGAUGACUUAAACAGAUGGAGCCUGCUUCUCAUUUCUCCAUUUAUUUAUCCUGAUAAGUUACUUAAAGCAGAACAUAUAGCUUUUGUGACAGAAAGCAUUUCAGCUCAGACGGAUAAUUUGCAGAAAGUACCUGGCUCUUCAAAAGAGGUUGUGAAGUGGUCAGACUACUGUUCACCAUUGGCCUAUAAACCUGGUGAGCCUUAUAAGUUAAUUGCUGAAGCAAGUGUAGAUAAUUUCAGUAACCUUGGAAUAGCAUUCAUGGAAGACAGGCUUCAAAUGGAUAAUGGAAUGGUGCCACACAAGAUUGUUUCUGUCCAUUUACAGGAAUCUACUCUGAAAGAGUUGGCGCUGGUAACACCAUCUCUAAAAGAGCAAAGUGUAAGCAGUACACAAAUGGAUGAAGUAACUCCUGCUGCUACUUUUGGGUGUACUGUUAAAUCAGGAUUAGGAGUAGCUGAAUCUGCAGGACAAGGUGAAGAGCAGAAAUCCAAGCUAGAGAAAGAAAGUGAGCAUGAAAAUGAAUCCAACGGUCUGUCUGACAAAGAGGCAGUUGCUGGACUACAUCACCACUUGCAUCUUUCCAGCUGUCAUGAAUGCCUGCAACUUGAAAACAGUACUAUUGAAUCGGUCAGAUUUGCCUCUGCAGAGAACAUUCCAGAACUUUCUGAUGAUGUCAAUAGCAGACUGGAAGAGAAGGAUGAUGACUGUCUGGCAAGAGGAAUAAAGAGAGUAAACCUUGCUGGAAAGCCCCCUAAUAUAUUGAUUUAUCUUGGUUCUGAAACUGCAAAAGUGGAAUUUGAGCAGGUAAAAUCAAUCCUUCAGGAAUGCAUUGGUGCAGACAGCUACACCGUCUACCAGCUGCAUGAGGAACAAGUUCUGAAAGCUCCCUGGAUUGAUAAUUCGCUGCUGUUGGUCAUUGCCACAGAGGAGCCUAUUUCUGAGGAGAACCACAAACAGUUUAUGAAAUUUUUAUCUAAAGGUGGAAAGAUUCUAGGGUUUUCUUCGCAUUUUACAUUUGGUGGCAUACAAAUAAAGAGAAAAAGCAAACUGAAGAAGGCUGUCCAUGAAUUAGUGGUCUCUAAAAUGGACAGCACUGAAAUUAAGUUAAAUCUUCUGGUCAGUGGGUGUAUUUUUGAGGAAGUGAUGAAGGAGGAUACCAGCAAAGUGAAGACAUUGAGUUGGCUAAAUAAUGCUGAUAAAGAUACAGUUAUUGUUCAUCUGACUUAUGGAGACAGUGGAGGAGAAGCCAUUCUUUCUCAGGCACACUUGGAACUGGAUAUAAAUUCUAUGGAUGUUCAGACUGAAGAGGAUUUUAAUUUGCUUAAAAUAAGCAACACCAAGAGAUAUGAAGUUCUCAAGGAGAUCCUGAUAUCACUUGGUCUGAGUUGUGAAUUAAGUGAAAUUCCUAUGUUAACGCCUAUUUACCUUCUCUCUUCUGAUGAGGAAAUCCAUCUUGCUUUUCUGAAAUGGCUUGAGGGAAAUGUAGAUGCUGAAGGAUUAAGAACAUCCAGCAAGGUGUCUCUUAAAUUUGUUUCAUCCUGUGAAUCAAAAAUGGAGAUAACUCCAUCUCUCAUGCAAGUCAUCACUGAGAUGGGAAGCUUCUCAUCAGAACAUUUCAGCCUGAAGACAUAUCAACAGAAUCUUCAAACAAAGAAGCUUGGAAAGAUACUUCUUUUUACUGAAGUUACCACAACAACAAUGAAUCUUCUAGAUGGGUUAAUGUUUGAGUUGCCUGAGGAGAUGGGUUUAAUAGCAAUUGCGGUUCGACAAACACAAGGGAAAGGUCGUGGUGGAAAUGUUUGGCUCAGUCCCAUGGGCUGUGCACUGUCCACUUUACAUAUCACCGUUCCACUGCAUUCCAACCUGGGUCAGAGAAUUCCUUUUAUUCAACACCUGGUGUCCUUGGCAGUGGUAGAGUCAGUUAGAUCAAUACGAGGAUAUGAGGAUAUUGAUCUGCGAGUGAAAUGGCCAAACGAUAUUUACUACAGUGAUCUUAUGAAGCUUGGUGGAGUUCUGGUAAACUCUACACUUAUUGAAACAACAUUUCAUAUACUUAUUGGCUUUGGAUUUAAUGUGAAUAACAGCAACCCCACCAUAUGCAUCAAUGAUCUCAUAAUGAAAUUUAAUAAGAAAGAGGGGACAAAGCUGAAGGCUUUAACAGCAGACUGUCUUAUUGCAAGAACUGUAACUGUGCUAGAAAGGCUUAUAGAUAUUUUUCAGGAGAAAGGGCCCAACGGAGUUCUUCCACGUUACUACAAGUACUGGGUACACAGCGGUAAGCAAGUCCGUCUCCACAAUGAUGAGGGCCCGAUUGCAUGGAUAGUUGGAAUAGAUGAUUAUGGAUUCCUUCAGGUUCAUGAAGAAGGCAAGGGUGUAGUGUCUGUGCACCCAGACGGCAACUCUUUUGACAUGCUGAGAAACCUUAUAGUCCCAAAGCAUUGACAGUCCUCAGAGCGCAAAAGGAGGCUCUUUAGUGUCUGGCACCAAGCAGCUAAACUUGCUUCAAGGUGGGAAGGGUAGCUGAUAGCUUGGGGUUUUUCUUCUGAUUUUCUGAUAUCUUUGUUCUUUGACAUGGAUAACUUCAACAGUUAAGAAGAGGUCGUUAUCUCAUUGCUGAACGCCUUUAUUCUUUCAUAUUAUCACACCUGUGUUGCCAUUCUUUGUACGCAUCUAUUCUUUCCAAGGAGCCUGAUUGCAGAGGAAUACCUUGCAACGAACAGAAGUUUCUCUUCAAUUACACGCUGUAUGUGAGAAACUGAAGUGGCUCUGUCUUUUAUUGUGCUUUAGCACAAUCCAGUACAAUAUUUACAUUUUUACUAUGUUUUUUUAAACGAAAUUCUGGUUUAUGCGUUGUUUGCAGUGGAAGCAGCUGGAAGAGCUCAUCGUAUGUUUUGGAAUUACUGGGAUUACCCCUGUGGUUAGAUUCAGAUCUAAGUACAGCCUUGCUGAUUUGGUUCUGCAUGUGGGCCUGUACAACAGUUUACCAUCCUGUGCUUUGGCCUCAGGUCUGCAACUCUGUCAUGGCUGCCUUGAGUUUUAUGGGGAGUUUUCCAGCUGUGGUUGGUUAUCCAAAUUUUUUAUACUCUGCUCCUCUUAGUCAGUCAGAUCUGAGUAAAUAAUCUCACAUCUCCUUUGAAUCAUAGUCUUCCAGGAGGCAUUAGCCCCCAUAAGAAUGGCCCCCUGGAGUAGUGUAUCACCUAGCUGUGAUCCUCUUAUCCAGGUUUUUGUAGAAUCCCAUGUCAGGAGAGGGAAGUCUAAAUAGUUUACAAUUGAAUAGUAAUUCUAUUGUAAUAGUAAUGAAAUGGAGCGAAUAAGAGAAAAAUGCCCCACUCUUCAAAUCCCUGAUGUAAACAGCUACUACAGUGAAAAAGAGAAAGCACGUAGUUAACCUGUGUCGAAAUUCUCUUCCAUUGUCACCCCCUUUCCCAAAGCAGGGCAUCUGGUUUUGCAGCUAACCAUUAAAAGCAAGAUGUUUGACAUCUGCUGACCUGCAAGUAGCUCGCUUUGGGCGCUGGCUGCGCAGUUCCAGGAGAGGUGUAGCAGCUUGGCCAUGAUUGGAAAGCAGCACGAAGUAGGCAUGUGGGAGCCUCGUGUGAUGGCAGCUUGUCGGGUGUUUCUCCUGGGCCAGGGGAAUUGCGCCAGGAGGUUUGGCCACCACAGCACUUCAAGCAGUUCUCCACAAAUGAAAAGGUUUGUCAUAGGUGUGAUGUGGCCAGCUUCGUUUCCUCAAGUGGGCAGCACUGCUUAUUACGUUGCCUUGUCCCUACUGAAGGUGGAUCGGCCAAAUCGGUUUCCACAAAGGACUUCUGUCUGCUAGCCAGAAGUGGGGUUUUUAGGUUAAAGUUCACCUCAUAAACGAUCUGACAAUGUUAGUCAAUUGUUUCAGUUACAAAGCCAAGAAGUCUUAAAACCGGGAAGCUAGUCUGUAAUGGUAAUUGAGAGUAAUCCUCACAUAUUAGGGUUUAGGUGGUUUGGCAGAAGUGCUAGAAAUUAAGUUGUCCCUGUUACAUUUAGGAUUUAAUGCUCCGUAUCACAGUGGAUUUGUCUGUGUGCCUGGUUGUCCGCACCCCGCUGUUUAGUUCCCCCCCGCCCAUGAUCCACAUCACAGGAGACUGCACACCAAUAUUUCGUGGAACUGUACAGUGGAGUGUAGACAGCUGUUAAUUGGCACAGUUAAAAUGAUACCCAUGAACACCGGUUUUUGCUUUUUCCCACCAGAUGCUUUCGAAACUGCUUUGGGCUGUUGAUUUUUGACAGCUACCUUUAUUUCAGAAUGAAAUAUCGAUGCGUAUUAUGAUCAAAUGAAUCUUGAGUCUGAGUUAAUAAAGGUCAAGUAAAAAGAAGAGCCCAUUUAUAUAUGCGUAUAGAAAAAAUGUGUGUGUGCAUACGCACACCCACAUCUUCCUCACGCUUCCUCGCUUCUUUUCUACGUUUUCCUUCAAGCAGCUUAUGAGCAACGCGUGCUGCUGCAGGUCAGUGGUGGACAGCAUAGCUCUGGUACUGUUUUCCAAACCUUUGGAUGCGUACCUCAGUCCAAUACUUGCGGCUAAAAGACCCUCUCUGUUCUGGUACUGUAGGGUGUGCCUAUCUCCAAAAAGGAAGUGCCUCUGAUGUCACUCAUAUUCCAGAUAGACUGAUGAGUGCCUGUAGAGAUUUCUGCUAACAACCAGGUCACACAUCAAGUUUUGACUUGAACUGCUUCCUUAAAACACGCUCUCCCUUUAUUAGGGACAAAUACUGCGAGAGAAUGACAGGGGGAAAUGAUAGAACAUGUUCCUGUAUGAAGAAGGGCCCAACGGACCUGCAGACUUUCACGCAGCCAUGCUACCACGGUGUCUGAGCAGCAGGCAGAUGAAUUUUCAAUAGUAAAAUGCUGCAAUAUUUCCUGGUUGCUGUUGUUCCUUUUGGAUUUCUUCAUAGCCUUCUCAAUGAAAAGCUUGUCCUAUUCUCACUUUCAGUUGUGAGAUUAUUCCAAAAAUUUUUGCACUGGAGUGAAACUUAGUGUUGGACAUCCUUUCUGCAAAUGAGAGCUAACCAAGCACGGCUGUGUCGGAGCAUAGGUGGGUGCUGUGGGAGUGUAGCACCUUGCCUCUACGUUUUAGUGGGCUACUCUGUGCGUAUAAAACUACCUGUUGGCUCGCGGAAACAGCCCUGAGUUGGAUGAAGCCUUUGUUACAAACCUGACCUUUCCGUCAGAAGAACCAAAGGACUUCACAAAGAAAAUUUCCGCAGUCGAGCGAGCGGCUGCAGAAGGUCCCUCUGACUGGCAGCUCCUCCUAUCACGAAAGCCAGUGAACCCUCCCGUACCGCCCCUUCACCUUACGGAGAGCGCAGCCAGAGCUCUUCCUCUUCUUCUGCCAAACAUAGCACACCCAGAAAUCCGCAACAUUUUUGUGUGAAAAUCAUUGUUAUUAUUGUUCUUUAUGUAGGGCAGACAAAUGUGGUGCAGAGUGUCUCUGGGCGUAGGUAUGGAAAGAGUCAGACAACUCCAGAACCAGAAGUAAUGCACUGAAAAUGUUUCAUUUCAUUCAACCGUCUGGGUUAGUAAACCACCCCUUUCAUUGUGAGGCUGAUGUCAUAUCUUAAACUAUUUUCUUGAUGAAGUGCUUUCAAAAAACAUGUAUUAUGGUGUCCAUAUUUCUGUGACUUCAGUUUUUUCCUCCUGGACUCUGUUAUAACAUUUCUCAUUACACAUUGUGAAAAUAUUUGUAGAGAUUGUUUAUUGAUAGGAAAACUUCAGCCGAGCGAGCGGGGUGUGUUGGCACGUGUCCGUGCGCAGAAGGAGUAAGCGGGUUGUGUCCAGUCAGCACCGAUGCUGGUUCCAAAGAUUUGAAAUAGUAAUAACGUACUUAACAUUGAAGAGUUCAAGCCAUACAUCUCACUUCCAGUAAAAGGUUUUACAAGUCUUCAGAGCAUUUUUUGAAAAAUAUAUCCAAGAAAUAUCAUAUAGUUCAAGGGCUACUACCUAGAAAAGCGUUUCAUUCUUAUGCUUUUGCUUCAUUGUACAUCGAUUUUUUUUUUUGCUUUGCUUUUUCUGAUUCAGCUACCAGACAUCGGCGGUCUGAAAAAUUACUCUCUGCAUCUACAUUGGAAUACACAGUAGCUGUAUUAAAAAAAAAAAAAGUACAGCUUAAAUAUCUGUCAUGAAAAAGGUUUGUGCCGCAAAGAGCUGAGUCCUGGGGGUGACUGGUUUGAUAAAAGCAUUUGCAUGCAUAAGUUACGGCAGUGAUGCGCCGCGCUGAUCAGACACCAAAGAAAAUUAAAUCUGGACUGAGGAAAGACCGGAGGUCACACGCUGAUGGUGUGCCGCCUGCGGUCAUGCGACACACGAUUGAGAAAAAAGACCCACAGGGAAGAAUUGUAAACCCACGUCGUGUUUCAGUAUCUUGCAUUAGCGCGUUUCAUUAGCGAUUGAUUCUGUGUUAUUUUCAGUCCCCCAAGAGUCUUCCUUUAAAACGCGACGUGGCUAAAAUACAACAAAUUUUAAAAAAAUCCUUGUAUUUUAGGGUACGUUAAUUGUCAAAUACGGUACAUUUUACCAUUGAAAUAAGUUUUCAAAUGUGCAACGGUAUCCUUUGUGAAACCCUGUGUUUUGUAGUAAAAAAGAAAUCCAACUCGCUUUUCCUUUGGCUACAGGAUUUUAUUAACAUUUUAAGAUUUUUGUUUUACAUAAUAAAUAAGCAAAAAUGCUUUACAUUUUUUGGGAAUAGAUAUAUAAUUCUGAGCAUUAAUAGGUUGUUUGUUUUGCGUGCUUUUUCACCUACUUUUGCCAAAUAGCCUUUAUCUGCAUCAUAUAAAAAAAGCAAAAUCUACUGUUCAGGAAAAAAAAGGAAUAAUAAAAUUUUCCCUGUGUUGUUUUUGAAAUGUUGAAAAAAUA